AUGAACAAGAUAACAGUGCAUUCGAUCUCCAACGAUACUGCUACUCCACUUGGGAUCAGUCCUGAAGUGCGCCAAUUUGACGAAUCAUUACUCGACUGCUCACAAGCAAGUGUGUCGACACUACUUGCUGACAGCGAAGUCGGCGAGAUAUUUAAAAACAAACCACUUUCGCGUGACUUCGACGAAGAGGAUGCAGUAUUUAUUUCAAGGUCUAACAACCCCGUUGCCCACGAUGAAAGCUUUUUUAACACCGCUUUCUAA